AUGUUGGCUCUCUUUAAUAGUCGAUGGACCGAUUCCUACUUCCGAAACUCCAGCAUCACCCUUGGAGAUAUGGCAUUCCUUUCCGCCUCAUUUACAUCUGCCUUCCACAUCUUCGAGCUCAUUUUUGACGAGCAGCUCAAGCCUCUUCUUCUUGCUCAUCAUCUAGGAGCAAUAGUCCUGGUUCAAGCAUUUCUACCAACGGCCGCGAGUUUACCCGCCACUCGGGUCAUUGAGCUGAAUAGGACCAUUGCCAUGGCCAAUAUUUGUCUGUGUUGGGCAACCCUAGAUGCCCCGUUAGUCAUCGCAUCAUACGUAAUUUGGAUAUUGCAACGUACCUGGGUUCGAAGUGACACCGGCCUCCGCAAGCUAUACUCUUCCGGCUUCUACUUCGCUGCUUUUUCCACAUUCUUUGAAGUGUCUGCGGUUAUGUACUUUGGCGCUCGGCACUGGAGUCAGUUCUCUGCCCUGCAGGCAUUGACUAUCUCCUGCAUGCAAGUACUGUUUACUUCAGCGAAGACGAAGGUUUGCAAUCACUUGUGGAUGGGAUAUACAAGCCCGUUGAAGAAGUCUUCUUGA